AAUAAAAUAAAACACCAUGGCAUCAAUUACGAUUGAUUUAAAUACACCCUUUAUCACGCCGGAUUGUUCCCUCAAAAUACUGCGUACAAUAUUUGAACUGUUGCUGUUCAUUCGUAGACAAAUUCCUUUUCCAUACUCUACUUUUCGUACGAUGGUCAACAAACAAGAACAGUCGGAUGGUGUUGAUACCAGCUCUGUGGCUGGUUUAUGCGCUAAAAUGCAACGAGAAAAGGCCCAGCAUGUGGUGAAAUGUGCAGAACAGAUGCUUGAAAAACUAGAAAAGAUAUUGAAGCACCAUUCGACCAGCGAGCUAAUGUUCCUGUUUGGCAAGACAAUCUACACGGCAAAGGAAGCGUUCGUCAUAAAACUGCCGCCCGUCGACACGAAUCAUUUCGGUGCCAACCAUCAGGACACAUUAGCGGGUAUUUUACGAAAGAUAGGUUUACAACUAGUGGUUUGCAAAGAAAUUGUAACGGUACAGAAUGUACUAGGCGACACAAACGUCUUCGUUAUGUUACAAUUAUCAACAACACUUGAACCUGUUAGCGAGUUGUAUGGGGUGAAGCUGUUGGACGAAUAUAAGCUACCGAGCAAGUGUACAUCAUAUGCGAUCGAGUUGAAAACGACAAACGUUUGUGAUGGAGAAAUAUCAUCCAACUGUUGCCAACAGCUGAAAAUUUAUAGCGAACAUGCGGAACGAUCCUCAGAAAUCAGUACGAUAGACGACACGCAAAAAAUCGAAACAGAACCAGGAGCCACAUUGGCCACUCGUUGGUUUCUGCUAGACAGUGUUGUGAGUGGUUUCUCCCUAAAGUCUGCAAAGCAAAAUCAAAUGUGGAAAUAA